AUGGUUCGCGCCAGCAACUUCGUCGUCGGGCUCCUGAACGCCCUCGUCGUCCUCGUCUCCCUCGCCGCCGUCGGCGCCUCCGUGUACUUCCGCGUCCACGGCAGCCCCACCUCGUGCCAGAAGUCCCUCCAGGACCCGCUCCUCGUCGCCGGCCUCGCCCUGCUCGCCGUCUCCCUCAUGGCCGUCGUCGGCGCCUGCUUCGGCGUCAACUGGCUCCUCCGGCUCUACCUGGCGCUCAUGCUCGUGCUCAUCGUCGCCCUCGUCGCGCUCGCCGCGUUCCUGUUCCUGGUGACGAACAAGGGCGCGGGCCAGGCGGUGUCCGGGCGGGGCUACCGGGAGUACCGGCUGGGGGACUACUCGCACUGGCUGCAGAACCACGUGGCGAGCGGGAAGCGGUGGGACGAGAUCAGGGUUGCUUGGCGGAGGGAGACGUCUGCCGGAGCCUCGCGGCUGGCGGCGCCGUUGGGUUGCUGCAAACCGCCGAGCGACUGCGGGUUCGAGUUCAAGAACGCGACCUACUGGACGCUUAGCCCUGGGUCGGGCACGGCGGUGGACGGCGACUGCGCCAAGUGGAGCAACGACCCGAAGAUCUUGUGCUACAACUGCAACUCGUGCAAGGCCGGGUUCUUGGCCAGCAUCAAGCGGCAAUGGAGGGCGCUGCUCGUGUUCAAUGUCUGCAUCGUCGUGGUCGUCCUCUUCGUCUACAGCGUCGGGUGUUGCGCCGCCAGGAACAACCGGUCGGACGGCUAUAAGUUCGGUCGUCGUGGAUGUUGCGCGUGA